AUGAGUCGCAGACUACUCGAUGAGCCAUUUACAAUACAUACAUCUUUACUAUUCAAUCCAAGGAACAAAACGUUUGACAAGGACAUAUCAAUUGUCGUGGAUCCAUCGACCGGCGUCAUUGCAGAUGUGUAUGAACGGAAAAGAUCCAGCAAUGUCGAGUUGAAUGGGCAUGAUAUCGAUCUUCGGGGCAAGGUUGUGAUGCCAGGAUUUGUUGACGCUCACACACAUGUCUUUCUGCAUUCCUACGACGAAGCAUCGUCAACCGUCCAGAUGCGCGACGAAAGUGUCGUCGAGCGAGUCGUUCGUGCAACGAAUCAUCUCCGGGCCGCCCUUCUGUCUGGUUACACCACCUACAGAGAUUUGGGCACCGAGGGACUGCGCUCGUUCGACGCAAACCUGAGAGACUGCGUCAAUCGAGGUCUCUUGCCCGGCCCCCGGCUCUUCGUGGCCACCGAGUGCCUCGCCAGCACUGGGUCGUACGAGGUCCGCCACGAGAACUCGUUGGUCAAGCUGCCGCGCAUUUCCGAUGCCUGCGACGGUCCCGUGGGCGUUCGACAGGCCGUCCGGCGCCGUGCGGGUGACGGGGCGGACGUAAUCAAGUUCUACGCAGAUUAUCGACGCAAGGUGAUGCGGUUUCCGCCUCUAGGAGAUGCGAUCCCGUUUCUUCCUUCGGAUCUCAACCCGUCGGUUGUUAUGUUUAACCAAGAGGAAAUGGACGCAAUUGUCCAAGAAGCCAGGCUCGGUGAGCUGCCCGUGGCGUGCCACGCAACCACGGCGAAAGCCGCUCUCAUGGCUAUCAAGGCCGGCGUCGACUCCAUUGAGCACUGCAACGAGGCCACCGAUGAGGUCUUUCGAGAAAUGGCCCGCCGCGGUACCAUUUUCGUCCCUACGCUCGGCGUUAUGAGGAUGUCACCGGACUUUAACAACAUUAGCAAGCGGGUCAAGAGAGCACAUGGCCUCGGUGUGCGUCUCGCCGCCGGAGGUGAUACCGGAGCUUUUCCUCACGGGGAAGGUGCCGUUGAAAUGGAACUCAUGAUUCGGGCUGGGGUUCCUGUUGUGGAUGUGCUGGAAGCAUGCCUGAUGGGCGGUUGGGAAAGCUGUGGUAAGGAGAAGAGCGGUUUUUUGUUCGGUUCGAUCGAGAAAGGAUACCGAGCCGAUAUCAUUGCCUUGGAAACAGACCCCAGAGAAGAUGCAGGGGCCUUGAGGAAGGUCAGUUUUGUUAUGAAGGACGGCAAGGUCUGGAAGAAGGAUGGACGAGCUGUUGGCUUCUUCGAGGAGCAGAUCGCCAGCUCGAGUCCCGGCGUUGAAGAGGAGUCGGAAUGGAUUCUUGUUUAA